AUGGCAGCAAGUAUUCAAAUGUAUUCUGGAUUGAAAAAAUUGCUUGUUAUCUCAUUACUAUUCACUAAUAUCUACUCUACAGACGGUCAAGACUGGAACUAUCAAGAUUUAGGCCCUGACAUGUGGAGCGAAACGUAUCCAAUGUGUGCUGGUACAUCUCAAUCUCCAAUUAUUAUCAAAACUGCAUGCACUACUUAUCGUACAUUCGCACCAUUUCGAUUUUCAUCUGAUUAUAAUCUUACUUAUAACUUUACACUGCUCAAUAAUGGACAUACCAUCACUAGCACAUACAAUAGCAAUGGCUCAACACCGUUCACAUUGUCAGGAGGAGGUUUAAACGGAACUUUUCAAUUCCUAAAUUUUCACGUUCAUUGGGACGAGAAUUCCAAAUCGGGCAGUGAACAUCAAGUCAAUGAAGUAAAAUAUACCGGCGAAAUUCAUUUCGUUCACCAAAAUCCAGAAACGGGUCAAAUAGCCGUGCUCGGUAUAUUUAUGCAUAGUAGUCAACUGUCAAGUGAUGGCAUUGACAAUACCGCAAAUAAAACAAUCAAAGAAUGGGCCAAGUAUUUUACAACAGCUGUAGAAUUAGGAAGCGUCAACGAGUCGACUGAACUUAGUUUGAACUUAGCUACAUUGAUGGGAAAUAAUUUGAAUGAUUUCUGGCGUUAUGGAGGUUCAUUAACAACACCUCCUUGUACUGAAGAUGCUGUUUGGACGGUGUUUACAGCACCGAUUGUUAUUAGUGAAGAGGAAAUAGAUUCUUUUCGAAAGAAUAUUUUCUCGGAGAAUGAUCGCAGUCCGCAACCAUUAUACUAUCGAAUCGUAUAUCGAAAUUUCUUGAAUGAAACACUAUCCGCAAUACCCGAUUACAAUUGUUGUUCGGACGAGUCAAACAACGCAGACAAUAAAGUCAUCUUAUCCAAGCCAAUCAAAUAUUUUUCUAUACUUUCUACUACAUUUGUUCUUCUAAAUAUACUAAAUACAUGA